AUGGACUACUUUACGGUAGGAGGCUGAAAUCUGUCAGAUCAGCGGAGCGUACAUUCCCUCUAAUUCCUCCUCGUAUUUCACAGUGUUUUUCUUCCCCUAGUCCACGCUGGAGACUCUAAUCUAGCUCCAGGUGUGGUCGGGUUUGGAUUUGGACUUUUCGACGUGUGUAGCAGAAGGAAAACAGCAGAGAAUGACGAACAAUCUAAAGCGGAAAGAGGAAAGUCAUCAGCUGAACGGAGGAGUGAAGCAGCCCACAUGGAGCAAAGCCUUCAGCAGCACCGCUGUUUGGGAGGAGAAGGACGAGUUUUUAGAUGUGAUUUAUUGGAUCCGGCAAAUUAUCGCUAUAAUCCUCGGUGUGAUAUGGGGCGUCGCACCGCUGAAAGGAUUCCUGGGAAUAGCCAUAUUCUGCAUCAUCAACGCCGGCGUCCUGUACGUGUACUUCAGCAGCUUUCAGCAGAUCGAUGAGGAAGAGUACGGCGGCACGUGGGAACUCACCAAAGAAGGCUUCAUGACAUCUUUUGCGCUGUUUCUGGUGGUGUGGAUAAUCUUUUACACAGCUCUACACUUUGAAUGAGACGAAUCCACGGGACACUAAAUUACAAACAUUACUGUCGAAGCGAAUCGUCACAGGACGGAGAAGAACUCCAUGGCUUGAGGCGCGUCAACGCUCCCCCCUCCCUCCCUCCCCCCAACAUACAGUAUGACUCCUCAGUGUGCAGUGCAUCAUGGGAAUCCUAGUUCGAUCAACGAGAUCCUGAAAAGACCUCCGAUGUUCAAGAUAACGUGCGUCCGUCUAAUUUGGUGGCUCAUUUUUUUUAAAGGCACCCUUCAUUAAAACGUCCCAUAGGUUUAUAUGUCCUUCCUCACUGCAUCAUCAUCAUCAUCAUCAUCAUAAUCCCUCUCUUUGACAAAACACUAACGAAUAAUUUUCGACUCUAAAUGGCUGCAGCUCUGUUUGCGAUGGAACAAAUCAGUAUUUGUUGCUUUCUGCUGUUUUUGAGUGACAUGAAUGCAGAUUUUAAACCGUAAAGUUAACAAACCAGUAUGUGUGUUCAUCCCCCCUGAUGUCCUCAUGUAGUAAUCAAGAAUCAAUCAGUUUAAAUUAGGGAAAACAGGGACAAUUUUGGAUCAAUAAAACUACAAGUAAAGGAUUGUUCAUGUAACUUUACUGUUAAAAAAAACAAACAAAAAAAAAACCUCAAGGAACUCUGAAAUUUCCCUCCAAAAUGAUAUAUUUCCCUUUUUUAAGAAAAUUAUCUAACGAAUUAGUAAAAUAGUUAGUUCAAAUUAACACAUCAGUGAAUCAAAUGAAAGGUUAUCAUUAAGGUAACCAGUGUGUGUCUGUGAUUUAAAGGCUCCUCUGUUCAUGAAAGAUUGAGGAGAAUUAGAGCUUCCAUGUUUUUGAUUUUUUUUCUUUUUUGUUCACUGGUUAUAAAAACUGAAUUUUUUUUACUAAUAAAAUAAAUCUGUCAAUUGUUAUUUCUUCUUAAAGGUCUGGUGUCCAACAAAUGUGAAAAGGUUGUAGCAGACCACAGCUGAACUCUCCCUCGUGCUAAUUUUAACACCCCCCCCCCAAAAAAAACUAAAUGCUGGUUGAUGCACAUAUUGGCUGACAUCCGAUCCCCUCGCGCUGUUUACUUCAGCCAGGAAACCUAUAACCAUCUGUCCAUCUGUGUCCACUUCCUCCAAGCAGAGCGGGGGGGAGACAGACACCGUGCAUGCCGUUUUUCAGAUGCAAAUGUUCACAGAUUCAAAGCUCCACGCUGAUCUGUGCACCGCCAUGACUUGCUGUUCUUACAUCUAGGUGUCAUUCUAUUGAUGGCAUUAGCUAGGAGGGUAGAAAAUAAUUUAAAUUUGUGUUAUUUUAUUCUCACAUGUAGCUUCCAGAUCAGUCUUACCUAUUUGUUUUUUUUAAUUAAUUUAAACUUUGUCUGUAAAUUCUGUACAAUGUUCCCGGUUUUUUUUUUUGUCAAAUCCACCUUGUAUUACACAGAUUUAUUUGUACUUAUGUUAUAUCUUGUUUGAUGAUAACAUAUUUCUCAGUAUUUUAUAGUGAAGAACUUAUAAAAACAGGUUCUUGCAAACUUAUUGUAAUUAACUGUUCUAUUAGAUACGCGGCUGGCGUUUUGAAAGGAUUGUAUUUUCUGAUCAAAUCUUUUGGGAAUCAUUAAACAUGGGCUUCAUUUGGCCUCCAUUUUCAAAGAGA